UUAUCAGGAGGAAAUAUUAAAUGGAACUGUCUUUCUGAGACGUAAUGCUUGUAAUGUAAUCCAAUGAGGAAAAUCAAAGAUGCCCACAAAUUCCGUGAACAAUUAUGUCUGUCCAGAUACAGAGCAGAGCAUUUGUAACAAAGGUCAAAGAGGACAUAUGCGUCUGCACCAACAGCACAAUUCAGAGAAUUUGCAUGAGCUCAGUUUUAAUGUUUCAGAGUUUUCAAGUGUUCUUCACAUAAUGCUGUUGUGCAAUAACUCUGCACACAAAAAGCAUGGCAUGUAGGCGACAUUAACUUGGUACACAGAAAGAAUGGGCUUGUAGAGGACAAUAUAGUAAGUCACGAGCAUUCUUGCACAUGUGAUGGUACUGUCACUUCAAACCUUUUCCAAACACGAGUUAAAAACCAGGGGCUGUAUCAUGAAUUGAUAUUCACAGUACAUUACAUUAGCCUCCCGUGACCUGGUCGGAUUGUGACUCUUACUAUUGUAUGACAAGCCCAACUUGUGAUUAUAAGUAAAAUCUGUCCGCCCAAGUGUUAAGUUUGUCUUUGAUUGUAUCAAGAUUCAGCUGAGAAUAUUCUUAUAAAACCAGAUCGAACAAAAGUUUUAAUAGUUGCUUCCGAUAUUUAUAUGCAUAUGGUGCCCACCAGGUAAUCUGGACAGAGCUUUGACUUUGAAGAUAUCAAUGUGGGGAUACUUUCUGUUUGUCGUAAUUUAAAGCCCAUUAGCUUGUCUGUUCCGUACGUUUUACUGAUUCCUUAAUUCGACCACAUUCAUACCCCCACCCUCACGCAUUUUACUGAUAUUUAAGACUCUUUGAUUCUCAUUUGUACAAAAAAGAUAGGCGUAAUACUAAAAUUACAGCGGAUUUAGCAAUAUUUACGGAGAGCUGAAAGAGAUUGCAGUAUGUGCAAGGCAUUUGCUGCCAUGGAAAUGUAUAUAUUCCAAGCAUUUUGCCUUGAAAUGAAAUGGGUGGCGUUGUGUUUGUUGAUUUUAUGCAGAACAAUCGCGGCCAGUUCAAAUGAGACUGUUGAGUACGAUACUUCUACUUAUACAGAGUGCCAAAUACACCCAGCAGCACCUCUUUACGGUGGAGGCAUACUUGUUAAUCCUGGUUUUGAAGAUGGAACACAGGGCUGGACAGAAUUAAUUGGGAAGGCUAACUUGCAUAUAGAGUCUGAAAAUAAUGGCAAUAAAUACGUUGUGGCAACUAAUCGCCAAAUGGGGAAUUGGACCCCAUCACAGAAGCUAGAAAAUCUAAGUCAAGAUAUAAAGUAUACUCUCUCAGCAUGGGUGCAGAUCAGGGGAGCUGCAAACUCUGCCUUUGUGAAAGCAACUGUGGAUAUAGAUAAUACAACUUCUCUGUGUGCCGGGAAUGUGAUGGCUAGAAAUGGAUGCUGGUCUUUCCUCAAGGGCGGUUUUGUUCCUGACUGGUCCCCCUCUUAUUCAAAGCUCUAUUUUGAGAGUAACAAUACAGAUGUUGAUAUCUUAGUUGAUAGCGUUUCCAUACAGCCCUUUACAGAAGAAGAAUGGUGUUUACAGCAACAAGAUAGAAUUACAAAGAAUAGAAUGAGAAGAGUGAGUCUUCAUGUCACAGAUCUGCAGGGCAACCGGCUGGAAGAGGCCAAUGUCACAGUCAAGCAGAUUUCUAGACAGUUUCCAUUGGGUUCGGCAAUAACAAAGACCAUUCUUGGAAAUGAACCAUAUCAGAGAUGGUUCCUGAAGAGAUUCAAUACUGCUGUAUUUGAGAACGAGCUGAAAUGGUACGCGACAGAGCCUAAGCCAGGGAAGCUUAAUUACAGCCUUGCAGAUCAGCUGCUGGAGUUUUGCGAUGCAAAUGGCAUCCAAACUCGUGGGCACAACAUUUUCUGGGAGGAUUCAAGAUACAUCCCUUCCUGGGUCACUUCCCUCGACAAGGAGGAAUUGCAGAAAGCAGUCAGGAAGAGAAUUGAGUCUUUAGUGGAGAGAUAUGCAGGCAAUUUUAUCAGCUGGGAUGUGAGCAAUGAGAUGCUACAUUUCUCAUUUUAUGAGGAAAAACUCGGGCCCGAUGCUUCACAAGACUUCUUCCAGGCGGCCCAGCAGAUUGAUCCCCGGACACCCAUGUUCAUGAAUGACUAUAAUGUCAUCGAGGACUGCGCCGAUUCUGAGGCCACAGCGGAUGCUUACAUUCAAAAACUCAGAAAAAUCAGAGAAUCAGGACAAGUUAUGGAAGGAAUUGGGCUGGAAAGCCAUUUCAGCAAACCAAAUAUUCCAUUCAUGAGGGCAGUUUUGGAGAAAUUGAGUACUCUUGGCCUACCCAUUUGGCUUACAGAGGUUGAUGUUGCCAAAAAAUUCGAUCAUGAAACCCAGGCUGCAUAUUUGGAGGAAAUAUUGAGAGAAGGAUUUUCUUUUCCAGCAGUUGAGGGAAUAAUUAUGUGGACUGCUCUUGGCCGAAAUGGGUGUUACCAGAUGUGUUUGACAGACAAUGACUUCAAUAAUUUGCCAGCAGGAGACAGUGUUGACAGACUGCUGGCGGAAUGGACAACUGAAUUGGACGACAUGACCGAUGAAAAUGGGUUAUUCAAAUUUAAUGGAUUCUUUGGAGAUUACGAAUUCUCUGCCACCUAUGGCCAAAAGAAUAUCACCAAAAGCAUGUCUGUCUCUCAAGGUGAUGGAGUGCAGCACAUAUAUAUUCAGAUCUGAUUGUACAGCCUGCAUGUUAUGUUUUGAGGAGCUGCGAAAUUGCCUCCAUUGAUGCAUUCUUCAAUUAACAUCACAUUUUUUAUUUGUCUAAUAAAAGUUGUGUUUAAAUAA